CUACUCCACCUUUAGUAAGCAACCAAACAGCGGCUAAUAGGUCCAACCAGCGAACCUUUUCGUUCUUCUUCUUCUUCUUCUUCCUCUUUGUAUUCAACUUGUUCUUCUCUCUUCCCAACAAACCACACUCAAAACUCGUCCCUCUUAUUUAUCAUCGUAUCCAUUUGGUGUUAACUGUAGUUAAGGUACCACACAUUCAAAUACACAACACACGACACACAUAAGCAUUGUUAAUAACAUAACAGCGAGCAAUGGUUCUGCCACUUUUGAAACUUGGAACGUUGUUAGUCAAAACCCUCAGCAAACCAGUUGCUAGUAGGCUCAAGCAGCAAGCUGCACUUCACCCUAGGUUCCGACAACUCAUCAUUAACAUGGCCCAGGCUAAUCAUCAAGUCUCAACAAAAAUGCAAAGGCGCAUCUAUGGUCAUGCAACAGAUGUUGAGAUUCGCCCUUUGAAUGAGGAGAAAGCUGUUCAAGCUGCUGUAGACCUUAUUGGAGAACUCUUUGUCUUCUCGGUUGCAGGAGUUCUUGUGGUCUUUGAGGUACAAAGAAGUGCUAGAUCUGAAGCACGAAAGGAGGAGAUACGAAAGCAAGAGCUAGGGGCUAUGAAGCAAAAGAGUGAGGACUUGGCACAAGAGGUAGAACUUCUUAAGCAUAGACUUCAAGAAAUUGAACAGAUGGCCAGGGGACGAGGACUUGCUGGUGUUCUAAAUUUCAGACAGGGUAAUACAGAAAAUGCAAAGACAGAGAAACCUGCUUGAUCUAAUGAAGACGAUAUAUUUUUCACAUUUUUUCAUUUAUCCUUGGGAUAAAUGCACAAUUUCUGAUUCAUUUGAGGGUCUCUUCAGCAAGAGCAAAUUAUUUUUUUCACUACAUUAAUCGGCUUUUAGUUUCAAAUUUGAAAUCCUCUAUUUGUAUUGAGGAUAUAUCGCUGAUUGAAAUUCUUGUUGUAUUAGCCAAAAUAAGCUGCAAGAGACUAAUUUAUGGUGACAAAGAUGUAACGCAUUAGAUGAGCGGAAAAUGCAUCAGGUCAAAAUUUACCAUUUUCCUUAUGUACAUUUUUAUUCCUUUGGAAAACACAAUAUUUUUCCCCAUAAUCGCUCUAUCACA